AUAUCUACUUACUUACUUACUUACUUACUUACUUACUUACAUAGGUAAGACAAUUUGUAGAAUGUUUGUUAUUCGCUCGAACUGUGAACAGUGUUUAGAACAGUGUUGAAAUAGUGAAGAAUAGAAAAACGAUAAUAAAAGAUUGAAAUAAGGUAGGAAACGAAACGUAAAGAUUUGUAUUUGAUUUAACUAACAUAUAGUGAGAACGAGAACGGUUUGAAUGCAGCGGGACAAACGUGUAUUUUUUACAAUCCAUUAGAUAGAUAUUUUUCAACUAAAUAUCCAUAACUAUAUGUAUGGUUAAACAAUGAUUCUUUAUACGAAUUUUAGUAGGUUCUUUUCAAUUCGAAAUGUUUGACGGGUCAGGUCGAUACGAGAAUUGGCGCAUGCGUUAUAUAUGUAUAUCCCAGUAUAGGACGCUCCCUUUGGUAUUCAAGGUAGUGAAAAACUUUUCACAGGGGCAACAAGCGGUCUCAGAAAAGAAGGAAAUAUGUUUGAACUUUAUGGAAUGGAUAAAGACGGUAUGGUUUACCGAUCUCCACCACCGAGAAGAAAAGAAGUCGAUAUAUUAGAGACUUGUUUGCAACUAUCGUCUCCAGAAUUAAUGAGAAAAUUGCCUAACGGUGAUGCGAUACACCAUGCAAAGGAAAGCAGCGUUUCUACUUCUUUGGAUAAGGAUAAAGAUCCAGCUAAAGAAAGGGGACGGAGUAUGCUGAGGAAGUGGAUAGUGAUGACGGGUUUCUUUUUCCUUGGAUGUGCCUUGGUCGCCGGUAUAGGAUUACCUUUAGCUUUAGAAUUACGCAGCUCGCAUUUAUUAGAAGCUAGACUUCAAGUUGUACGACGAAUGCUGUCCGAAAUUCCUCUGAUCGAUGGGCACAAUGAUUUUGCUUGGAAUCUUCGAAAGCAUCGAGGAAACACAAAGUUGAAAGACUUUCCGUUCGACGAGAAUUUGUCAGAAAAUGCGAGUUGGGGCUCGGAAUGGCAAACCGACUUGGUACGAUUACAGCAGGGUAUCGUCGGUGGACAAUUUUGGUCGGUUUACGUUCCUUGCGAGGCACAAUUUCUCGACGCGGUGCAGCUUACCCUAGAACAGAUAGACGUGGUGCGUAGACUGGCGUCGAGGUAUCCAAAGAGAAUAAGGCUGGUGAGAAACAGCACGGAGCUGGAAAAAGCGCACAAGGAUGGCGUGAUAGGGAGUUUGGUGGGAAUCGAAGGUGGCCACAGUAUCGGUACGUCGAUGGCGGUGUUGAGAAGUUUCCAUCGGCUCGGGGCACGUUACAUGACUCUGACGUACAAAUGUAAUACUCCGUGGGCAGAUUCGUGCUCCGUAGAAGAUCCGAAUUCCGAUGCGUCGUUAGAUUUUCACAGCAACGGAUUGUCGUUGUUCGGCAAAGCGGUGGUUAAAGAACUAAAUCGAUUGGGAAUGCUGGUCGAUUUGUCGCACGUGUCGAUCAGGACGAUGAGGGAUGCCCUGGCAGUAACGAAAGCACCGGUGAUAUUCUCUCACAGCGCGGCUAGAGCGCUUUGCAAUUCAUCCAGCAACGUUCCGGACGAUAUGCUGCGUAACUUGUCGGUGAACGGUGGUCUGGUUAUGGUCAGCUUCGAUAGCGGGCAUUUAAGCUGCGGUGAUAAAGCCUCCAUGUACGAUAUUAUAGCUCAUAUCAAUCAUAUACGGCGAAUAGCUGGCGUUAACCACGUGGGUCUCGGAGCCGGUUACGACGGAAUACUAAGGUGGGUGAACACGAUCAGCUAAUUUAUCGCGAAGAAA